GAAAAGCAAUUUCAUCACUGUUUGCUCUGCAUCCUUCCUAAUAACUUCUAUUUGCUCUGUUUAAUGUUUAAUAGAGGACACUCAGCUUAAUAACGUUAAGGCAAUAUAAAUAAAAGGCGAGGAGCAGAGCAGAUUAGAUGCAUCCAGCAGGAGUCUUCUGAUUGUACUGAAUAGUUCCAAAGGAAAAUGAAGUCCAUUUUCUGUCUGUCUGUGUUACUUGCUGGGCUUCCUGCUGUUGUCCAGCCUAAUCAUGUCCCUGGCCACCACAAUGACGAGGAUGGUCAGACAGAUUAUAAUCCCCAACAGCAUCUUAGCCCAGUUGGAGGCAAUGGUGUAACUGAAAAGAUGACCUUUCUCCAAGUAGCUCCUAGCAAUGCUGACUUUGCAUUUAGAUUCUACAAGCAGAUUAAAUCAGAUGCAGCUGACAAGAACGUUUUCUUCUCUCCUCUGAGCAUCUCCACUGCCUUUGCAAUGCUGACGUUAGGUGCCAAGUCAACCACUCUGAGUCAAAUUCUCCAAGGACUCUCCUUUAAUCUGACAGAGAUUGAGGAGAGGGAGAUACAUGAAGGUUUUCGUCACCUCAUCCACAUGUUAAACCGUCCUGACAGUGAGAUCCAGCUGAAUAUGGGAAAUGCCCUCUUUAUAGAUGAUCAACUGAAACUACUAGAGAAGUUUUUGGAAGAUGUCAAAAGUCUGUAUGAGUCUGAAACUUUUCCUACUAACUUCCAGAAUUCUGCCGAGGCUGAGAAACAGAUCAAUGAUUACAUAGAGAAUAAAACCCACGGGAAAAUUGCCAAUUUGGUCAAGGAUCUUGAUCCGCUCACUGUAAUGGUUCUUGUCAACUAUAUUUUCUUUAAAGCUCAUUGGGAAAAUCCUUUCAAUAGUUUGUUCACCAAGGAAGAUGACUUUUUUGUGGAUGCAAAAACAUCUGUCAAAGUUAAUAUGAUGAGCAGUAACAAAAGGUAUAACACACACCAUGAUGAGGAGCUGUCUUGCUGGGUGGUUGAAAUCCCAUACAAAGGAAAUGCUGCUGCAAUAUUCAUUCUGCCCGAUGAAGGGAAAAUGGAGCAGGUGGAGAAUGCUCUGUUGAAAGAAACUAUGACUAAAUGGACAAAAUCACUUCAACAAAGAAAAAUCGAGCUGUACAUUCCAGCUUUCUCUGUAUCUGGUACCUAUGAUGUCAGAGAGCUGUUUCAGAAAAUGGGUGUGGUUGAUGUGUUCACUAACGAAGCUGAUCUGUCUGGAAUCACUGGGCACUCUAACCUGAAGGUGUCAAAAGCUAUUCACAAGGCCAUGGUGGAUGUUCAUGAGAAUGGUACUGAGGCUGCAGCAGUCACUAUCGUGGAAAUUGCAUUGACGUCUCUUCCCUUCCCUCAAACUCUUACCAUUAAGUUUAACCGGCCUUUUCUGAUGAUAAUUGUUGAUAAAAAUACCCAGAGCAUCCUCUUCAUGGGGAAAAUUGUCAAUCCUACUAAAAAAUAAUUGUACUGUCACUAUACAUGUCCCAGUGCUUCAAAGGAGUUGUUUUUAAAUUCCCAGGAGUAUGUGCACGUACCACAGACCACUUGGUGCCAGUGACUAACUAAAUUGCAGUUGACCUAAAUUCCAAACAAAUAAAACAUGAGUGUGGGGUAACUCCUUGCCUAUAAACAAACAGCCUGGUAUUUCUGUGAAUCGGGCAUGUAUUUGUAAACGUCUCAGAUAAAUGUGAGAGAAAGCCUUUAUAACUAGGUGACCAUAUAGUAAGAGUGAAAAAUCAGAAUGGGGGUGUGGGGAAUACGUGCCUAUAUAAGAAAAAGACCCCAAAAUUGGGACGGUUCCUAUAAAUCUGGAC